AUGUUGUCUCCUCCCUUAACCGCUCUUAUUUGCCUCCUUGUCGUUCGCUGGGUCCCGGGGGUGAUGUCUCGUCCACAUGACAGUACUGCAGCACUUGCUGCUCUUGUCAACACCCGGUUCUUGACGUACCAUCAGAAGGAGCUAUGGAUGUCGAAUCUUGUCAACAAGCAAGCUAGCGAGGUCAGCGACGCGUUGGCUCCAGUGUACUACUUUGACCAGCCCAUCGACUACUCGGAUCCGGCAAGCGGCACCUUCAGGCAGCGAUACUGGACCUCGCUGGAGUAUUAUAAACCGGGAGGCCCAAUCUUUCUGACCACCCCAGGAGAGUCCAACGCAGCGAAUCAAUUUUCUGAAGACCUGACCAACGUUAGCAUCCACGGGACUCUCGCCCAGUCAAAUGGUGGGGCGAUUGUGCUGCUGGAGCACCGCUACUACGGCGAAUCUCUCCCUGCCGGCACCAAGAAUUACAAGAACGCUACGACCCUCAAAUACAACACCAUCGACCAAGCAAUUGAAGAUAUCGUUUAUUUUGCCGAAAACGUCAAACUGCCUAUGCCUGGUGGCGAUUCGGAGAGAAUCAGACCGCAUCGGCGACCUUGGGUAUUUACAGGAGGAAGCUAUGCGGGCGCUUUGGUAACGUGGAUUAUGAAUCGUCAUCCAGGAGUAUUUUGGGCGGGCUACUCAUCCUCUGGAGUCGUCCAACCGAUUGCUGAUUUCUGGGAAUACUUCGAGCCUGUCCGUCUUCAUAUGGCUCACAAUUGUUCAACGGAUGUGCAACGCUUUAUGGCCUACUUCGACGAGCUCUAUGACACUCAUAAUACCACAGGCAUCGAGGACCUCAACAACCGUUUAGGUUUCUCACCAGACGGCGACUCCCUGCCAACAGUAAUGUUACCGAUCCUCUUCUGGCAAAGCACACAACCAUCUACAGUCGGCAGCUCAUUGUUUUACAAGUUCUGUGAUAGAAUUGAAGUCCUCGACGAUGGUACUAUCGCAGGCCCAGAUGGAUGGGGUAUCGACCACACAAUUGCAGGUUUACGAACGUGGCUUUUCGAGGACUUUUCUGGCUCCCCGGAUGGGCCCCUGGAGGACCCCAAUGUUGAAGCAAGACAGUCGAUACCUGAUGAUUGGUACGAAGAACUCGCCGAUAUCAUUUCCUGGAACUGGAUGGUAUGUAAUGAAGUGGGCUGGAUCCAGACGGGUGCACCAGCAGGACAUCCUACACUCGUUCCUAGGCAAUAUAACUUGGCUCGUGCAGAGGCCAACUGUAGAGAUAUUCACCCCGAUAUAUUUGGAGAUAGCACGAUAGAGGCUCGAGUCGCGCCAACCGCGCUUAAAUAUCCGGGUUGGGAUAUGAAACCUGUGGACCGGCUGUUUGUCGUCAAUGGCGAACGCGACCCGUGGCUUGGUUCCACACUCUCUGCACCGUCCCAGAGAGAGAAGAUAAAAAGCACGCCUCUACGCCCCAUACGACUGGGAACGGGGUUCCAUUGUACGGAUAUGCAGAUGAGCGAGGCUGCGUACGAUAAAUCGAUCGACCGCAUUCAGAAAGAGGCGAUUGCGACGAUGAAAUCAACGAUUUUUAUCUUAUCUUGGUUCAUCACAAGCACGGAAGCUUUGCCGAGCUUUUGCAUGGCUAACCUUUCACCUUCCCCUUCACUUUCCUUCUCCCUUGCAACACCAAAGCGCUAUGGACCACGGCUAGGAAAUAUAAUCUUUCGGCGCCCAGGCCUUUCGUCGUCCUCAGAACCUUCCCAAGCCCAGCUCGAGAUCAAAACUCCGGGAAUUUUUGCUACAACGUCGCGUGGCGUCGUCCCGCACCUCAGCCGCGACCACCAGCGCAGGACGGGCGCGAUUCGCUGGGUGAACGUCCCAUUUGAGACCUUUUUAGAGCACAACCCUCCGGCGCCGACGUUACAGCCUGGAGCGAAUCCGUUGCAUACGUUCCUUGGGUUCCUGCCUGGGAUGCAGGUUGUGUCGUUGUCUGCGAGGGAUCCGUAUGAUGGGAGGGACAUGCCGCCGAAUGGAAAGGACCAUAUAUCAGUGUAUAGUUUGCGAGGAGUGAGGAAGCUGUCGCCAAACGACUGGCGCUCUCAUGUCCUCGCGUGCCAACCAGAUGUCGUCUUCUCACUCUCCGACACGCCUUUCACCGACCCUCCGUACUCCCAGAAACGACUAACGAAGAGUAUUGAGCGAUCGGCGACGUGGCUAGCCAACCUUCUUCAUCCAAUCGAUUCAGGAAUCCGACUCAACGUGCUCGUACAUAUGGCUGGAGGGACAAGCAUACCUGCCCGGAAGGCUUUUGCGGACAGCCUUCUCGAGAAGUUGUAUGGACCAGAGGCAGAUGCAGUCAAGCCAUUUGCCACGCUCAAUGAGGGUGUUCUGGGGUACACCUUCGAUCUCAAGCCGCUUCGCCAGUCGUUAGAGGCCCAGGACAAGAAGACGGCCCCAUCGGACAACGCUGACUUGGCCAGUCGCACAGAGCAGAUCGUCCCUUUGCUUAAGGCCUCACUCGCCUCAACGCCCGAGGGCAAGGUCCGCUUGGUCAAUUCGGCGGAAUCACCCCAUGAAAUCUUGAAAUAUAUCUCAAAGGUCGGCAUUGACUUGUUUGACGCACACUGGGCACAGCGAGCGGCGGAUGUUGGCGUUGCACUCGAUUUCGAGUUUCCUGUACGGCAGGACGUAAUAGAAAGCGAUCGGAAGAAGGACGUGGGCAACAACCUCUAUGACGAGCGAUAUGCAUUCGAUUUCGGUACCUUUGCGUCGAGUUUCCGCGGCGCCCUGCCUUCGUCGUCAUCCCUCAGCGAAGAUACCCGACCGAUCUGCCCCUGUGCCGCCUGCUCACCCAUCACACCAUCCACCAAGAUCUACCAUGGCGCCGACACCCCUUCUUUCUCUCUGGAACCUUCUACUGCCCGCUCCGAUGCGGAAACAGCAUACAGACCUCCGUACACACGGGCCUAUAUCCACCAUCUCCUGCACACGCACGAAAUGUCUGCACAUGCGCUGCUCGUGAUGCACAACCUCGAAGUGCUCGACGCGUUCUUCGCUGGGAUCCGGGUCGUCCUCUCCGACACUCCGGAGAAGUGGGACGAGGAAGUGCAGAGGUUUGAAUGGACGUAUGAUGCUAGUAUGAGAGUGUGUGUCGAGGCGAGAGAAAGGUGGCGAGAGAUUGAUCUAGCAAGAGGAAAGGGGAGGCUGGCGAGAGAGAGAACCAAGCAGGAGGAGAUGGAGGGUCCUGCGGAUGCACCGACGAUGACUUAG